AUGGCUCUACACGACAACGCGGGAAGGAAUUACAAUGAACAGGAGGAAGCGCUCUUGAAGGAAUUUCCGACUUUCCACCUGCUUCCUCAGACGAAUCAACUUCAUUAUCUCUUCACCAUAAUACGACAGAGAGAAACGGGUCGCACCGACUUUGUUUUUUACAGCGAGCGUAUCAUUCGCCUCAUUGUGGAGGCGGCACUUAAUCUCAUUCCCACCAUUCCAUAUGAUGUCAUCACACCCACAGGUUCUAAAUAUCAGGGUUGUAUGACAGAUGGACAAGGAAUAAUUGGCAUCAGUAUUUUACGUGCUGGCGAGGCUAUGGAACGUGUGUUGCGGGAAACUUGCCGAGGUGUUCGUAUUGGAAAAAUCCUCGUUCAGCGUGAUGAGAAGAGUUUGGAAAAGGCACCUGAUGAGCGUUUUAAUUACAGCAAGAUUCCCAGUGAUGUGAGCGGGCGCCAUGUGCUGCUGCUGGAUCCGAUGAUUGCCACCGGUGGUAGUGUUAUUAAGGCAACAGAGAUACUUAUUAAUGAAUAUAAUGUACCAGAGGAGAAUAUUAUUUUCCUCAACCUCAUUUCCUGCCCUGAGGGCCUUCGUCGAUAUUUAACUGCAUUCCCACAUGUUAAUGUCGUCUCCGCUGCGCUAGAUCCUGGACUGGAUUCAAGAAAAUAUAUUGUUCCCGGUUUAGGGGAUUUUGGCGACCGAUACUUCGGCACAUGCGAAUGA